UCUUCCGUUAUAUUGUGUCAUAUUGUGAAAUAGUGCUCGAGUUGCUGAGCAGUUGCAUCACUUUCAUCCGCAUGAAACUGCUUUCUUUCUCUGUCACAAAUGCAGCAUAGGUCAGUGGAUGAAGUGCGACUGAUUUAAAUUAAUAGCACAGCUAAGGAACUAUUUAACUAGCUGCUCCAAUUUGCCAACUCGACCUUUAGAAUUUAUAUGAACACUGCAAGGAGUGCAAAAACUUGUACCUGGAUCAACUAUUUACUCCAGCAACAAAAAGAAAGCGGCUAGGAUAAUGACUGUUAAGUAUCAAACUUCUACAGAGACAACCAUGGACAUAGACGAUGGGAGUGGCGGCUACAAGCAUCUUUUAAUGAAUGGCAGCAAGCUUCAGUAUUCAGUUCAUGCAUUGAGGAACAGCCCUUUUAGGGUUUCCACGCUUUUUCUUGGGCUGAUGUGUGCUAUCCUGGUGGCUGGGGUCAUUGGGCAAUCUAUCCACUACUGGAAAGUGGAUAAAGACAAUCAGAAGAAGUUAGAAGACGUAGGGGGGGAGAAAACCGAACUACAGUCCCAACUCAAGACUGUACAGAAUGAGAAAAAGAACCUGGAAGUCAGCCAUGAGCAAUUACAACAGGGUUACAACUACGUAUCUAAAUCGACCACUCAAAUAAAAACCAACAACGAGCUACUAAAAGCGGAAGCAAACAAACUAAAAGAGAGUCAGAGUAAAUUGCAAGAAAGUAACAAUGCUCUAAACAAAGAACUCGAGCAGUUGAAGGCCACUAAGGAGCAGUUGCAGACUAAUAACGAUGCCUUGUUAACUGCCAAAGACUUACUACAAACAAAGUAUGAAUCAGUGAGCAAGAGCAAAAUCGUCUUGCAGACCAACUACGAUACUACAAUUAAAGAAAGGGAUAAUUUGCAGAACAGAUUCAACAAUGCUACAAGGUCAAGAGAGAAGGUGCAAAUGAGUUAUAACGGCCUGAUUAAAGACAUUGAGCAUCUCCAAUCGCGAUACAACUCCUCUGCCAGCCAGAGAGACAACAUUGCAAGCAGUCACAAAAACCUGACGUUGGAAAAAGAAAAUCUACAGGCAGUUUACAACACACUCGCCAAAGCUACUGAUGAAUUGAUGGCGUCCUAUAAUUCCACAAUUGAAGAGAAGAAGUAUCUUGAAAGCCGUGUGAAAAAUCUGACUGCAGAGAGAGACCUGCAAAGGGCUGAGAUUGAUCAGCUGCAGGCCACAGUCAUAAAAUUGAACGGGUCACAAGGCAAGGUCUGUCCAAGUAGUUGGAAGAAGUUUGAGAACAACUGCUACUAUAGUUCUUCAUCCAAGGAAUCAUGGUACCAGAGCAGAAACUACUGCCAAGGAAAAGGAGCAGACCUGGUAAUCAUAAACACCAAAGAAGAAAUGGUAUUUGUUAAUGGAUUGUUUACAAGUAAGCAAGAGAUCUGGAUUGGACUGACCGAUGAGGGAGUAGAGGGUCAAUGGAAGUGGGUGGAUGGGACCGCACUGAGCCUAGAGUAUUGGGCUGAUGGACAACCGAAUAGUUACCAUGGUGAUCAGGACUGCGGGGAAUUUUGGUGCCGUUCUUCAGGAAAAGCUGAAUGGAAUGAUGAAAAAUGUAGUUCGCAGAGAUAUUGGGUGUGUGAGAUGUAGAUGCCUCAGUAAAGGCAAGCACACUCCCACGGACUUGAAGACUGUAUACAUCUUCAUUGCACUCUUGGGUGCUGUGACCCAUAAGUCAAGGUGUUCACUGUUUAUACUAUACCACGCCUGGACCAUAUUCUCCCAAAUAAUUCUUUUCUGUUGUAUACCUGGAGGCUGAAGCACUCUGUAAAGGUCUAACAUAUUGCAUGAUUUGAUUCAAUUAUUUGCUUCCAUGUUCUGCUGAUGAUGACUGGGUUAGUGUUGACUUGUCCUGGUGGUCACAACAUCUGCAGUUAUUGUAAUGGUGAGUUAGAUGUUGAUCAUUGUUCUCAUUUUUUUUCUCAGAAUUGAGGACACCCUUAGAAUUUAGUGAGUCAACAACUUUGUUGGUUGCGCACAAACAUCCAGGUUAUACCUGUAUUCGCGACAUACCAGAAGUCUGGAUGAGAGAAUUGACAUACCUUUUAAAGUGUGCAAAACAGGCGUGUGAAAAAAUGUGGCUUGUGCACCCAUGGGAGAAUAUGGCCCUUCAUAAAAAAUAUUUAUCAUGUGAUAUUUGUGUGAUAGAAUUUUAGUUUAUGAAGCAUACAAAGAGGGGACUUUAAAAGGAUGGUAACCCCCCCCCCCUUUCAACCCAAAUAUGGAUAUCAUCUACACCUUUAUUCCCAGACUAUACAAAAUGUUUUGAAAGUAAAUUUUAGUUUUUGCUCUUCUUUUAUUGUUUAAGAUUUACGUUGUACAUUUACAAUUAGUUACAAUUAGUUGAUUCUGAAGGAUAACAUCCUGGAGCAUUCUCUUUCAUA